UUUCAUGAAUUUUUGUGUGAGCAGGUAAGAACCUCACACAUUGAAAAUCUGAUAUCUAGCUUGUUAUAAUUAUUUUUUUUAAUUUAAAUUUCUCCUCCAUCAUUUUCCAGGAGAGCCCUGCUGAUUUUACAAGAGUCGCCGUACCCUCGAUAAAUUAUUACGCACAAGUCAUUUGGGAAUUCAUGAAAAAGAUAGAGAGGAGCAGUCUCUGCUUGGUAUUAUCCGCUGACUCCGACGGAGAAGCGCUUGCUGACUCGAUGGCACGAAUGGCAAAAGACGAGAAAUGGUUGAUUAAAGAGAUAUUCUGGCUUGCUGGAAGUAGCUCGCUCUCAAUAGAAACCGAGAUAAAGUCUAUUAUUUCACAACAAAGCGAUGUUGUCGUCGUACACAGCAGGGAUAAAGACAAUGAGCCUUUGUUUCGAGCAAUGAAAAAGUUCAAUGCGACUGGCACAAUAUGGAUUUUAACUCACAUAACAGAAUACGGAAUAUCACAUCUUGAUGUUCUUCCCGCUGGCUUGAUUAAAAUAAACGCAAGAAAGAGAGAAGUGAACCUCGAUGAUACCUUGUAUUCGGAUGCCAUUUACGACGCCUUUCUUCUGUUUCAAACUGCAUUUGAGAGGGCGCAAAGAAAAACUCCAUAUCAGAUCGAAGAAGAAGAUGCAUGUUUUGAGGCAAAUACAAGCUCAAGGGAAAUACAGGAUCUAUUCAAGAUACACCUACGAGAGACAUUCAUCGAAGGAAGAAGCUCUAUGUUUGUGAAACCUGCUCUGUAUGAGAAAUCAGAGACUACCUUUGAAAUAUGGAACCUUCGACUCGAUGUGAAUGGGGCCAAACACUGGACCCUCAUCGGACUAAGCACACGGACAGGUCUUGCUCUGGACACCUUCAUGGGCCCUUAUGGAAGUGCCAUCACAGCACCAACUGUACCAGUGACCCACACUUUACGCGUGCCCAUAAAUGAGUACCGCCCUUGGGUCCAGGUUGAGGACCCUCGGUUGGACGGUCGUGGAAUGCAUUAUUGCACUGGAAGGAGCCAACUUUGCUACAAGUUUCAUAACUCAAGUCGGAUCAACAAGACUACGCUUUGCUGUUNAAUGCAUUAUUGUACUGGAAGGAGCCAACUUUGCUACAAGUUUCAUAACUCAAGUCGGAUCAACAAGACUACGCUUUGCUGUUUUGGCGUCUCCAUUGAUUUGCUUGUCAUGAUGCAGAAAGAACUGGGAUUUCACAGCGAAAUCUACUUCACGCCAGAUGGGAAUUACGGCGACUUUGACAAGGAGAAACAAGCGUGGAAUGGAAUUGUUCAAGAAGUGUUAUCUGGACAGGCGGAUCUUGCCAUCGACAUAUCGAUGAAUGCUAUUAGACAAGAGUAUCUUGACUUUGCACAUCCGUUUAUUCACCUGGCUUUAAACAUAUUGGUUUUAAAGGAUCUAGAAGCUAAUGAAGAUAUUCAGUGGAACUCAUGGCUGGAGCCGUUUCAGUAUCAACUGUGGUUCUCCAUCCUUGGAUUCAUUAAUUUUAUUUUAGUCGUGAUCUGGUGGAUUGACAGGAAAAGUCCCAUGGGGCACAGAAUGAAAAUGGACAGCGAAGAUGAUGGCUUCACGCUAUUGGGUAUGAAUCGCAUCUCAUUUCGUUUUUUUUUUUCUUUCUCAUUGCAUCACUUCUUUUCCAGGGUCUUUACGUUAUGUUGGAUAUCACACUCAUCAUAUGAUAGAGAAUGGGAGCUAGUUUGGCUUGAACAUGAAUGCAUCCGACACCCGUCCCUUGCUCCACCCAAGGGUUUUAGGCUUGGAAUUCAGAAGGAUUCUCAAGAGGCAAGCUACUUCAAAUUUCACAGCGAGAAAAUAUUUCGAGAGAUCUACCAUGUAAACCUGAAGGUCAACUUCAUAAAGAAUUUUGCAGAUGGCCUUGAGAAGCUCAAAAACAGGGAAAUUAAUGGCCUAGUCGGAGAUUAUCUCUCACUCAGCCAAGUGGCUAACAACGACGAAAACUGCUCAUAUAGUCUUGCCGGGCCAAACUUCUUUAACUUUGGACUGGGACUCGCGCUACAAAAAGGGUCGCCAUGGUUACAAGACGUCAAUCAAGCGGUGUUAAAGCAUCAAGAGAACGGCUCGAUUCAUGCCAUAGAGAGUCGAUGGUUCAAUAAAAAGAGCUGCGAUUUGAAGCCAUUUAACCGGCUCGGGAUCAUAAAUUUCAGUGGUUUGUUCAUGGCAGUAGUCAUCGUAAUAGCGUUCUGCGUGUUUGCUGUUUUCGUGGAGGUUUGCGUUAUAAUCGUUAUGAUAAAAUUCGGCGAUAAGCUCGGAACGCUUGGAAAGUUCACCAAAAGGUUCGUUUUCAAUGUCAAAAAAGGAGAAGAAGACCAACUCAACACGCAGUAUUCAUUUCUACUGAGACGUCAUCAAAAUGCAAAAUGGAACGUCGCUGCCAGUCACGUGGCAUCCACAGACUUAGAAGAGCUUGGUUUCCAUAACAACCGAUAUUCCUUUCCCCAGGAACAAACAAUGACUCUGGCAGAUAUAAACCGCAACGGGACAAUUCAUCAUAGGUCACAUGGAAACGGCGAUGUUACAAUGAAUGGAGUCGCAGUUAAAAAGAAACAUGAACACACGAAUGGCAGAACUAAGAACUCUGAACUAAACGGGAUGGUGACAAAACUUUAA